AUGGAGCUGUGGCGCUCAGGGUCUGUUUGCACUCUCAAGCCCCCGCUGGCAGGACUGCCACCACUCCCAUCCUCUUUGCAGCACUUUACUGGCGUGAGUUACAAGCAAAGAAAUCCAGCUACCGUUGAACUGAGUCUCUCGGGAAGGGGCUGCGGUUCUUCCUGCAGUCCAAUGGACAGCGGAGGCUGCAGCGAGCGUCCUGCAGAAACGGCUUGGAGAAAAGCGACCUUAGAGCCGCAGGCUCCAACUAAGCUAGAGCUCGGGGCGGCGGGUCCUCGCCGCCGCCGGCGCCCGGCGCCCCUCAACGAGGACAACGGGCGGUUCCUGCUGCUGGCCGCCCUCAUCGCGGCGUACCUGAGCGCCGGCGCCACCGUCUUCUCGGCCCUCGAGAGCCCGUCGGAGGCGGCGGCGCAGCUGCGCUGGAACCGGACCCUGCACAACUUCAGCCGCAUCUUCAACAUCAGCCUGCCCGAGCUGCGCGCCUUCCUGCGGAGCUACGAGGCGGCCAUGGCCGCGGGCAUCCGCGUCGACGCCCUGCGGCCCCGCUGGGACUUCCCCGGAGCCUUCUACUUCGUGAGCACCGUCGUCUCCACCAUAGGUUUUGGAAUGACCACGCCGGCAACAGUGGCUGGAAAAGUAUUCCUCAUCGUUUAUGGUCUUUUUGGGUGUGCUGGGACUAUCCUCUUCUUCAACCUCUUUCUGGAGCGCAUUAUCUCCCUCCUGGCAUUCAUCAUGAAGGCUUGCCACGAAAGACAGCUGCGAAGAAGUGGUCUCCUACCUCCCAACUUCCGAAGAGGUUCAGCUAUGUCGGGGGUGGGCAGCCUCAUCGGCUGGAAGCCAUCUGUUUAUCACGUGAUGCUCAUUCUGGGAAUUUUUGCCAUCACGCUUUCGUGCUGCGCUUCUGCGAUGUACACGUUGGUGGAAGGGUGGAACUACGUCGACUCCUUGUACUAUUGUUUUGUCACCUUUAGCACCAUCGGCUUUGGAGAUUUGGUAAGCAGCCAAAACGCUGUGUACCAAAAUCAGGGAUUAUACAGAUUCGGAAACUUCAUCUUUAUAUUAAUGGGGGUAUGUUGCAUAUACUCUCUUUUUAACGUCAUCUCAAUUGUAAUCAAGCAACUCUUGAACUGGGUGUUGAAAAAACUCAGAUGCAGAUGUUGCCCAAAGUGCCAUAAGUCGAGUACCCGCCUUGGGCGUCGCAACGCCAUCACCCCAGGAGCCCGCCUGCGCCGUCACAAAAUCUCCCUGGAGGCUGACGGGCAGUACGACAGUGACACAGAUGGCAGGAGGCUCUCUGGAGAGAUGAUCUCCAUGAGGGAGCUCACGGCGUCCAACAAGGUCUCUCUUGCUAUUUUGCAAAAGCAGCUGUACGAGACAGCCAAUGGCUACCCGAGGAACGUUUGUAUCAAUACGAGGCACAACGGGUUCUCUGCAGGGGUGGGUGCUCUAGCCAUCAUGAACAACCGCUUGGCAGAAACCAGUGACUCUAGACAAAGCAGAUGCCUGCAAGACCCAGACAGACUGAAGCACAAGAAAUGAGAAGGAAGCUGAAGGAGCAAAAUGGGAAAAUGAAAGCACACUGCACUAGACUGCACUUUCUUUUCAGGCACACAGCUUCAUAGGUCUCUGUAACUGAGCUGCUGUUACUAUUUGUUAUGAUGAACAUCAGAGGAACUUUGCUUCUGUUAAUUCCCUGGGUUUGGUGUUUGCUGACUGCUGUGUUUCACUGUGUGAACUGGGGAAGGAAUGCCCCAUCCACACUGGUUUCCUGGUGGCAUCACUUACCCCUUUGCAUUCAUUGCAUACAUAAAUUCCUGUAAUUGGUUGAUGAGAAAGUACCAGUAUUUGUUCUCCUUGAGAUGAUGCUUCCCAGCAAAACAGCAACUGAAAUAAGUUUGAAGAUUGAAGUCUGCUUAAAUGAUUGACAUUUUAAAAAUGAUUUAAUUCUGGGUUGACAUCCAGCACACCCAGUAAUUGUGAGUGCUUUUAUCACCCAGCUGAUUUUCUGUGUCAGCUCAGGAUUUUCCCAGGAUAAGAUCUCUGAGCACAGAGGACUAAAAGCCAUACUCAGCUCACUCUACUGGUAUGUUAUAUACAGCUUGCCACCAAACGGAGCAGACAUGUUUGGCUCCCUUCAUACAUGGUUGGAAAUGGCAUUGGAUCGUUGCCGUGAAGCUCUUACAAAGACUCUUGAAAUAAACAGGAGAAAACAUU